CAGAGUGGGACGUUCCCGGAAAAAUCGCUAACCGGAAGGGAAGGCCAGAGCCCAAGAAGAAGAAGAAGAAGAAGAAGAAGAAGAAGGAGGAGGCAGCCGCCGAUGAGACCAGCGAAAGAAGAAAAAAGUAUUCUCCCACUGGUGAGGUCUCCUCUUCCUCCGGCUCAUCUACCUGCCUGAACUGCACCUGCCCCCCCACCCCACCCCCCCAUCUAGCUCAGCCUCUCCCAGCCCCUGCACCGAACCCAGGCCUUUAAAAAAAGUCACCCACAUUUCCUCCCUCUCUUCACCCGGCUUCUUCACUCCCAAUCUUCAACACUUGCACCAUGGCAGGGCGAGGCGGACCGGCACGGACCAAUGGCACGGCAGCGAGCAACAAGAUCUGCCAGUUUAAGCUAGUGCUGUUGGGGGAAUCGGCGGUGGGAAAGUCCAGCUUGGUGCUGCGCUUCGUCAAAGGCCAGUUCCACGAGUACCAGGAGAGCACCAUCGGAGCUGCCUUCCUUACACAGACGGUAUGUUUGGAUGAUACAACAGUCAAGUUCGAGAUCUGGGACACUGCAGGACAGGAACGGUAUCACAGCUUGGCACCCAUGUACUACAGAGGAGCCCAGGCCGCCAUCGUGGUCUAUGACAUCACCAACACAGAUACAUUCACACGUGCAAAGAACUGGGUGAAAGAACUGCAGCGACAAGCCAGCCCGAAUAUUGUUAUUGCACUGGCAGGAAACAAAGCAGAUCUGGCCAACAAGAGAGCUGUAGAUUUCCAGGAAGCACAAGCCUAUGCAGAUGACAACAGUUUGCUCUUCAUGGAAACUUCAGCCAAGACUGCGAUGAAUGUCAAUGAGAUUUUUAUGGCUAUAGCCAAGAAGCUUCCCAAGAACGAGCCUCAGGGUGGAGCGGGCGGUGGUGGACGAGCCAGAGGCGGCGUGGACCUGCAGGAAGCUGCACCACAGGGCAGAAGUGGCCAGUGCUGUGGGGGCGGGAACUAACUAACUAACUAACACAACAACAACAACGAGUCAGCUGAUCCAACCAAUCUACAGCUUCGAUCAACCAGACCAGAUAUUAGCCAGCUGUCAAACAAUGUCCCAUUGGUCAAACCAAACCACGGUCGGACCAACUACCCUCUGAGCAACACGGCACCAAUAAACUGUUUGGCAAAUGCGUCCACUGGCCAGUAAACUGCCAGAAUCCACUGACGGUUCAACAACAGACGAACCAACCAACAGACCAAGAAAUCAACCCCACAGGCUUAUUUACAGAAUCAUGUUUUAACCCCUGGACUUUGCCAAUCCAUGACCUCUCUAUUGAUGAUGGACACUUGACGUCACCUUAGGGGAAAAAAAACAAAAAACGACCCUUUCAUGGAAGGAAAAAAAAAAAGAUUAGUCAUUACCAAUGGCACUUUAAAUAGGGCCAUCUUGCUCACCUUUGUUUCUGUAUUUGUGUAGAGGAAAAAAAAUGCAACAGGAAGGAAUAUAAAGAGGCUCAUUAGCCGUGUCCUUUCUCUUCUACCCCCUGCUUUCCCAUGCACCACACAUUUCUUAAAAGUAUUUCCAUCAUGGUCUUAUGACACUGUUAAAAUUCCAGUCCAGGUGCAUGCAGCAGUCCUUCACUUUUCUGUCUUGUUCCUGGUGAGCUUCCCGGAAGAGAUGAAGAGAGAAGGUUCGUAACAGGAGAACGGGAAUGGACGAAUAUUUCCUUCCUGAUAGAGCUGUGUAGAUUGAAUUAUUACAUUGUUAUUGUUAUCACUAUUAUUAUUACUUCUUUUGACACAGGAUGUUCAGUGUGAUUUUAAAGCCUUAGACCUUAAGGUUUUACAAUCAUCCGUCUAUGUUAUCAAACCAUAUACAGUAAAUAGUACUUAACAUUGUCACCCAUGAGUAAUUUAGCAUUAAUGUAAUGGUUUUGAAUCAUCAGUGUACAAUUACAAAUACAUAAAGCGAGAUUUGUUUUCUUGACCAAAAUCACGACUGUGUGUUGACAACAUUGCUGUAUUUGUAUCAGACUUUUCAAGUUUAUAAUCAAUCAGUAGUUCUUGUCAAAACAAUAUCUUCCCAAUCUCUACAUGUUUUGUUAACCUUAAUUAUUUUGUGAUGGAUUUUUUUUUUUUUUUUUUUAUGUCUUAAUUUUUUCUUCUGAAGAUUUAUGGUAUUAAAUGCACUGGUUCUGUCUCAUCAUCUUUGUGAAUUGAAAUGUUAUCGUCAGCUUCCUUUCCUUUCUUUUUUUUUUCUUUUCUCCCUUUCUGUUUCUACUCUUCGUAUCAGGGAGGGUUUAUUUUGAGCAGCGUUGUCAUCCUGUUAUGGCAUCAACAACUAGCACAACAGUACCUGCACAGCAGCCACUGCUGUUAGGUGAGGGGAUUACUGGGAGGGUGGGGGAAAGAAGGAAAAGAUGUAAUUUUACCAAUAAACAAGGGGAAGGUA